AACACUAAUACACCUCAUUUUCCAUGAAUAAAUAGUUAGUAGCUAUAAUAAAAGUGAAAAGCAGUGAUGGUUAAUAUAUAGAGUCCAACGCAGUAAAAGUGUACAACACUACGACGUCCGCUUGCUCCAGAAUGGUUUGCCUCUGUAGUUGGUUUGUUUGGUCAACCAUUCUCAUACCAGCAGCAGCAGCAGCUUUGAUUCUGUUCCACCGGAGAAAAUCCAGGCCACCAGGACCACCAGGAUGGCCUAUCUUUGGGAACAUUUUCGAUCUUGGAUCCGUACCUCAUCGGACUUUGUACAAUCUCCGAUUGAAGUACGGACCAGUAAUUUGGUUAAAACUGGGGUCCAUGAACACCAUGGUGGUUCAAUCAGCAGCAGCAGCUGCAGAGCUAUUCAAGAAUCAUGACCAAGCAUUCUGCGACCGCAAGUGUUUUGUCGCACUCACAGCUCAUAAUUACAACCAAGGAUCACUUGGAGUUUGCCAGUUUGGCCCUCACUGGCGUCUCCUUCGACGUCUAUGCACCAUGGAGUUACUAGGCACCAAAAGAAUCAACGAGACUGCUCAUCUCAGGCGAAAGUGCGUCGACAACUUGAUACGAAACAUCGAAGAGGACGCAGCAGCAGCGCGAGCACGAGGAGAAACAGGGGAGGUGAAUUUGGCUCACUCCUUAUUUCUCAUGUCGUUUAAUCUGAUUGGCAACCUUGUGCUUUCACGCGAUCUUUUCAGCUCAUCGUCGAAAGGAGGACAUGAUUUCUUUGUUGCAAUGAACGCGUUCAUGGAGUGUGCUGUGAAGCCGAAUUUGUCAGAUUUCCUACCAUUCCUGAAACGGCUGGAUCCACAGGGGAUCAUGAAAAAUAUGGAACAACAUUUGGGACGAGCCGUAAACAUGGUAGAACGGUUUGUUGAGGAAAGGAUGGAGGAAUACAAAUCAGGUAGAGAGAAUAAGAAGCAGGAUUUCUUGGAUGUGCUGCUGGAGAAUGGAGGAGAUGGAAAAGAUAAGAUCUCCGGUCACAGCCUCGUCAUACUUGUACUGGAAAUGUUUUUCGCUGGGUCGGAGACUACAAGUAGUGUGGUCGAAUGGGCAAUGACACAUCUACUAUGCAAGCCGGAAUCAAUGAAGAGAGUCAAAACAGAGGUCCUGCAAGUUGUUGGACCAAAUAGAAAGGUUGAGGAGAAAGACAUGGAUGAACUGCCAUAUUUGCAGGCAGUAAUCAAGGAAACACUAAGGCUGCAUCCUGCAAUUCCAUUGCUGAUUCCACGAAGUUGCAGAGAAGACACCAGUUAUAUGGGUUAUCAAAUACCGAAAGAUACAGCGGUAUUUGUCAAUGCAUGGGCAAUCGGAAGAGACCCGGAUUGUUGGGAGGAUCCACUGUGUUUCAAGCCGGAGAGAUUCUUAGGUUCCAAAAUUGAUUACAAGGGACAGAAUUUUGAGCUGAUUCCAUUUGGGUCAGGAAGAAGAAUAUGUGUUGGCAUGUCAUUAGCUCAACAGGAAAUUCAACUCGCUCUGGCAUCGUUGCUUCACUGUUUUGACUGGGAGCUCGGCACCAAUUUGAGUCCAGAAUCAGUGGACAUGAGUGAAUGGUCAGGGUUGGCUGCGAGAAAAUUCAUUCCCUUGAAGCUAAUACCAAAGAAACGAAUCAUGUGAAGACAAAAACUAUGAUUGUCGAGUAAUUGCCAAUAAAAUGAUUGUGUGGCCUACCCAACUCUUUAUCUGAAGAAAGCUAUGAUAGCUCAGUAAAUCAAUGGAACUUUCAAAAUCAAUGAAAUUUAUAGGUGAUAAUAGUAAAGAUCCUAGCAGAUCCCAGUUAUUCCA